AUGCGCGGCUUCAUCGCUGAUCGUCGGGCUCGUGAGCUUUGGAAGCGAUACUCUGAGGAUCCUGGCUCGGUUGAGCGCCAAUAUCAUGCGAUCUUGAACGAAUACACGGAGAAAUUCCAUCAUUUCUUCCAGGGGUAUUGGCCCAUCUCUUUGCACGCUCAUGUCAGUGAUGUUUUGGUCCCUACGACCUUGGCCACCCUAAUUCUGAAUACGGCAUCGACCAGUCCUCUUGUGAUUGAAUCUCCCGAGCUGUCUCCCAUGUUGAAGGAUGAUCCAGAGCCGGAGAAAAUACAGGAUUUUGUUCGGAACUUGCUGGGGUGGACUGAUGUACAUGUCACAUCACCCCGAUUUGCUGUUGUGGAGGGUAUUUACGGUGGGGCAUUUGGACCCUUGGCCCUUGUGUCGUCUGAAUGGGAAUACAACAUUAUCGGGACGGGCCAAGCCCCGGUGGUAAUUCGAAAAGAAGACUUGUCUCCGGAUAUCCUCCUAGAGAAGCUCAUUCUUGCAAAGCAGCGAGGCUGCAUGGCAUGUUUCCCCCCUGAAGUCUUUACUCGACUGCAACGUGCUUGCCAUCAAGCAAAGCUCUUCCUCGUCGUGGAUGAAGCCAUGACGGCGAUCCGAUGUGGUGCGCCAUGGGCAUGCCAAAGACCCGAAUACUCCCAAGGUGAUCUAAAGCCGGACUUGGUAGUCUUUGGGAAGGGCUUAUGCGUCAGCGGGGCUUCCAUCAACUUCGAUGGUGCCAUGAUGAAAUCUCUCGGCUUUAAUAAAAAGUCUCAGAUGCUCCAGAGUAUUCGUUUCUGGAGAGCUCUAACUAGUCGUCCGGUGGCUCUUCCAGUUUUGAUUGAAGCCUUGGGGAUUCUGAACAUGGCCCAAGCAGAAGAUUGGCCAGCUCGCAGCGAUGAAAUCGAAAAAGCGAUCAAGACUUUUGUACGUGACCACGCAAAGACUUUUUGUGAGGAUGACGAACCUGUGCGUGGCCUGGGAGCUAUGAUAGCGGUGAAAAGGGAUGUCUCUGCGCAUUUCCGGGUGAUGGCAGCAAUUCGACGUCGCUCACCCUGGGUCCGUUGGCUCCCCAAGCUCGACAGCGCAGCGGGGAAUCGGAAGGCUCUCGAUCAAUACAUAAUGGGGUCUGAGACUGUUCAGGCCGGCUCCAACUACUCUUUUGAAUUGCCCGAAUGA